CCGAGGUGCUGUCAUUUCACCGACUGGACUUUUACCAAAGAGAGAAGAAGAAGAAGAGAGAGACACAGCUUCACUUCAUAUCUUCAUCACUCAGGUCGAGAGUGUCUCACAUGGACGCAGUGAUCCGCCGGUGCCCUUUCCUCACCACUGUUCCCAGUGUCUUCCUGCAGCUGGCUGGGAAGUCAUCGCUGGUGAACUAUGCACAAAAGUGCCCCGUGAUGAUGGACCUGGCCUCCAGAGCUCUGUCCUCUAUGGCCUCUGUGUCCAAACACACUUCAACAAAUGACGCUCAAAAGCAUGAAGCAUUGCCCCCAGGACACACUACGCCACCUGCUGGCCAGGCUGUAGGCUCUAAAUGCCCUUUCUUGGCUGCAGAGAUGGUGCAGAAACACAACAGGGUAGUUAGGGAGGCCAGCAUGGAGCUGCAGGAGGACGUGCAGCAGAUGCAAUCUUUCUACACAGGGAAAAAGAACAUGGAUUUAUCAGUUGUGGAUCUCAUCGAGGCAGACAAGUCAAACAUGGAGGCACCAAAAACACUUUUUAAACCAGUGUCACACCUGUUAAAGGAUAAUCUGCCUAAAGCUGUCACAUACCAGUAUGACAAGUUUUUUGAAGAGAAGAUUGAAAGCAAGAAGACGGAUCACACGUACAGGGUUUUUAAGACUGUGAACAGACGCGCCUCUUCAUUCCCGAUGGCAGACGACUACUCGGAGUCUUUUCAUGCAAAGAGAGACGUGUCUGUGUGGUGCAGCAACGACUACCUCGGCAUGAGCCGUCACCCCACAGUCACCAAGACUAUAGUCGAGACAGUUCAAAAGCAUGGUGCUGGUGCAGGAGGCACACGAAACAUUUCAGGGACAAGUAAAUUUCAUGUGGAGCUUGAACAGGAGCUGGCUGACCUGCACAACAAGGACGCUGCACUGCUCUUCACCUCCUGCUUUGUAGCCAAUGACUCCACGUUGUUUACUCUGGCAAAAAUGCUACCAGGUUGUGAAAUCUACUCUGACGCAGGCAACCAUGCCUCGAUGAUUCAGGGUAUAAGAAACAGUGGGGUCAAGAAGUUUGUCUUCCGUCACAAUGACGUCAGCCACUUACAGGAGAUGCUCGAGAAAUCUGAUGCCUCAACUCCAAAGAUUGUUGCCUUUGAGACGGUGCACUCAAUGGACGGGGCUGUGUGCCCACUUGAAGAAAUGUGUGACAUUGCCCACAAGUAUGGUGCUCUGACCUUCGUGGAUGAAGUUCACGCUGUGGGCUUGUAUGGGCCCAGAGGAGGAGGCAUCGGGGACAGAGACAGAGUCAUGCACAAGAUGGACAUCAUCUCUGGUACCCUCGGCAAAGCAUACGGCUGUGUGGGUGGUUACAUCGCCAGCACCAGCGCUCUGGUGGACGCAGUACGCUCCUACGCUGCAGGCUUCAUCUUCACCACUUCUCUGCCUCCCAUGCUGCUCGCAGGGGCGAAGGAAUCCAUCAAGAUCCUGAAAAGUGAAGAAGGCCAGGUGCUCAGGAGGAAACACCAGAGGAGCGUCAAGCUUCUCCGACAGAUGCUGAUGGACUCAGGCCUUCCGGUUGUCCACUGUCCAAGCCACAUCAUCCCUGUCCGGGUUGCAGAUGCAGAGAAGAACACUGAGAUCUGUGACAUCAUGAUGUCUCGCUACAACAUCUACGUCCAGGCAAUCAACUACCCCACCGUGGCUAAAGGAGAGGAGCUGCUGCGCAUCGCCCCCACACCACACCACACCCCACAGAUGAUGUACCACUUUGUUGACCAGCUGACGAAGACGUGGACCGAGGUGGGUUUGGAGCUGAGGCCGCACUCGUCAGCAGAGUGUAACUUCUGCCAGCAGCCUCUUCACUUCGAGCUGAUGAGCGAGAGGGAGAAGUCCUACUUCACAGGCCUCAGUCACAUGAUAUCAGCUGUGGCCUGAUGUCAAGUAAAACUCUAAAUCCUAGAUGUAUUCAAGCUAUUUAUUUUAUUUAAAUGAAAUACAUCACCACAUAUAAAAUGUGCAGUGGCCAAUAACAUUUUGUGGCUAAAGUGGUCAUUUACUCUUUUGUUUUAAAUUUGAAAGGUUGUUUUAUACAUACAUUUAUUUUACUUUAUUUUGUGGUUUUCACUUUAUAUAUAUAUACAGGACUACGUUUCAAAGCAGGUUGAAGGUUAAUUAGCAUUGUUUUUGUAGCAGAGGUAAUCAUGGGUUCUUACUGUAAAUUGUGUUUUAUCUUAUUUUCUUAAUGCAUCCAGUGAGAAAAUGGGACAAUAAAGCUCUCAUAUCAUACCCUGUCACAUCUAUACAUAUAUAUAAAUAUAUAUACUCCCGUUAAACAUCUUACGAAAUGUAUAUAUAAGGUUUGGGUGGGUUAGUCGUAUCUGAAUAAUCUAUCGGAACAUUUCACUUUACAAAAAAAUGCUAAUAAAAAGUGCCUCAUAAAA